CCGGUUAGAAGUCGAGAAGACCGUCAGACAAGUCAGCUGAUCUACACACCUUCACCAGGUUGGAGACAUGGCCUCAGAUCAGAUGGUGGUGGCUGCCCUGGGUCGACCUUUCACCUUAGGCAUGCUGUACGAUGCUCAGAAAGAUCAACUGAUCACAGCUUUCCCACAGUGGGAUAAAAAAACUCUUCAAGAGAACAGUAAGAAGCACCUCCAGCAGACCAGUGCGUAUGAAAUUACUGCAUCAGACUCCUUCGAAUCCAAGGCUUCCCUCCUGGAUGUUGAAGCCUCUCUCAAAGCCAGUUUCCUGAGUGGACUGGUUGAAGUUGGAGGAUCUGCCAGUUAUCUGAAUGAUAAGAAGAAAUCCAACAAGCAGAGCAGGGUGACAUUUCAGUACAAAGCUACCACCGUGUUUGAGCAGCUGACAAUGACUCAUCCUGAAGCCAAGAACAUGCAAGAAAAAGAAGUUCAUGAGAAUUGUUCUGCAACACACGUAGUCACCGGCAUCCUCUACGGGGCAAACGCUUUCUUUGUGUUUGACAGCAAGAAGUUGGACGCCAGCGACGUCCAGAACAUCCAGGGCAGCAUGGAGGCAAUGGUAAAGAAGAUACCCUCAUUUACUUUUGAGGGGAAAGUUGAGAUCAAGCUGAGUGAUGAAGAAAAAGCCCUGACUGAGAAAUUCUCCUGCAAAUUCUACGGAGACUUCAUUCUCGAAAGCAACCCUGUGACUUUUGAAGAUGCAGUGAAGACGUACCAACAACUUCCAAAGCUGCUGGGAGAAAACGGAGAGAAAACUGUUCCCGUCAAGGUCUGGCUGACACCACUGAAGAAACUGGUCUCCUCAGCAUCCGAGCUGAAGAGAGAGAUCUGCGUUGGUCUUCUGAGGAAAGUUGAAAAUGCUCUAGAAAGUAUGAUGGAAAUACAAGUGAGAUGCAAUGAUUCCCUGGAAGACGAAGUGGUCAAGAGUUUUCCACAGAUUACCAAAAAGUUGAGCAAUUUCAAAGACGUGUGUGAUGAUUACACAACAAAACUCCGAAAGACCAUGAAAGAGAAGUUUCCAUCCAUUCGUGCAGGUAAUGAAGUCGACAGUUCGGUGGAAAAGCUCUUUGACAACAAGGAGAAGUCACCGUUCAGUCAUGAAAACUUAAGCAAGUGGCUGAAUAAUGAGGAGAGAAAAAUCAACGUCAUCAGAUCCUGUGUGGAGUUGGAGGAAAUAAAGAUCAUCCAAAAUAAGUCAGAGCUGGACAGAGAGGUUUUUGAUCGACAUGUGGAUGAUGUGCUCUGCUUUGUCUUCACCUCCCUGGAAACUGCUGAACCCUACCUGGUCCAGAUGUCCGACUACCUGCAUUCACAUGACCCACAAUGUGUCGGGAGUAUCCCCCCACAAACACAAGACCGGUGGCACUUCUCACAGGAAGUGUUGAACAAAAUGAGAGAGAAAGCCUCAUAUUUCCAUGGCCUUGCCAAAGCCCUGAAGAGCAGCAGCAGAUUCAGGUUCCUUGUAGCUGUUGUACCAAAUGAGAAAUAUAAAGGAGCAACGAUCUACCAUUACAGGAAUGGCAUGCUGGUCACUGAGGAUUUCUCAAAGCCUGCUGUCCCUGACGUGAAGACUGUAACAGACAGACGAGAUUUACUCUGGUACGCCUGUGAUCUCAACCUGGACCCAGACACAGCAAGUGGCUACCUCAGUCUGUCAGAGGGAAACAAGAAGGCGACCUGUGGAACGUGGCAGACGUAUCCUGAUCGCCGCCAGAGGUUCGAUACGCGGCCUCAGGUUUUGUGCAGGGAGGGGCUCACUGGGCAGCAUUACUGGGAGGUGGAGUGGAGUGAGGGUUGUAAUAACGAGGUUGGUGUGGGUGUUACAUACGGGGAAAUUGAAAGGAAAGGAAAAGGUGCAGACACAGGGCUUGGAAGCAACAGCUUAUCUUGGUAUUUUGGUGUGAAGGACAAGUUUGAAGCAUGGCAUAAUGGUCAUGUGUGGUCCAAAGAUCUCCCCCCUACUGGAUGCAGACGAGUUGGAGUGUUUCUAGAUUGUUGUGCUGGUUCCCUGAGCUUUUACAACAUCACUCAUAACACUCUGAGUCACCUCUACUCCUUCAAGGCCCAGUUCAUUCAGCCUCUUCACCCAGGGUUCUACAUUUACAACACAUCCAACUACGCUGCCCUGUGUGCAGAUCUGUGAGACUCAGAGUCAUUCUGCAGUUUGUUUUAAACAGCUGUUCCAGGGAUUUCUUUUUAUUCUCCUAGAUGUAGAUGUUUUUAUUUUCAAGGCAACAUAAUGAAAUUCUAACGAUUUAAACAAUUGUGCUUCUCUAUUCAUUAUCUGUGAUUUUAACACUGUUGUAAAACUUGUUUUAUAACGAGGACAUUUCAUACAAACCCCUCUAUGAUCAUGAACAAGACAAUCACAAUAUCCAUUAGCUUUCAACAGAAUCAAGUCUUGAUCACAACACUAACAUAUCACGACCUUUUAAGGUGAAACAGCUGUUUACUUCCACGUCCAGCAGUUUCAGAGCAACAUGAUCUUCUAGUUGUUUUUGAAACUAAAAAACUUUCAUAUAUUGUUUUAAAAAUAUGGAGCAUAACCACUUUAAGUCUCUGUUGUAUUAAUGUUAGAGUGAAGUCUUUGGUUGUGAAUAUUUGUUGUGUCUGUUUACAGAUUAUCUUUGUUGUGUUGUUGUGUAACGGCUCCAUGGUAACACAGAUCACAUUAUAGACGUCCAGAGAAGAUACUGUAUAAUCUGAUGAUGCAUGUAGUGUAACUGUUCAUGGGGGAAAAUGGUUUAUUAAAAGUAUGGUACUGCUUCAUACUUAACAUUCUUAUCUAUUAAUAUAACUAUUGAUGAUCAGGUAUUGGGUUCCAUUAGAAUUGUUCAUUUUUCUGUUUUUUAAAGUUGCAGCCUCAAAGAUCAGUUUCUUCAUCUUUGGCGACACCUAUGGCCAUACCUGGUAAUUACAGGUUUGUUUCUGGGUGAUGGAGCACGUCAAUAACUUUGUGUUAUCUUAUUCAGUGAUAGAGAGUAACUUAAAAGAAACUUAUUUAAUAAAAAAUCUUUGAGGUGGCUACUUUAAAUGUUUAUGGGGAUCAGUUUAUUGUUGUUUGUUGUGGUAGAAAAAUAAGUAAUUGGAUUGUCGAUUCUUUCACUGAGUAUUUACCCUUGUUUUUAUUGUUAUUUUUUAAGGAGACAAACUUUAUUUGGUUGUCACUGGAAUUUACUUCGACAUCAGCUGGAGUUUAUUUCUCUUGAAAAACAAUGAAAUUUGUAAAA